AUGGCUUCCACAACACGCGCCAUCCGGCCAGCCUUUUGCAAGCUGCCGAAGUCGAUUGCACGACCCAAUGUCUCACAGCGGUCACUGUAUCACUCAUAUGAGCACGCCCAACCAGCGCCGUACCCGCCUGCAGAGUCGGCCAUUCUCUCUGCCGCGCUCUCACAUGUCCCAACCAAUGGCUUUACCAACACUGCCCUGCAGCUCGGCGCUCGCGAUGCCGGCUAUCUUGACGUCUCUACGAAUCUCUUCCCGCGCGGACCCUUCGACCUGAUACAGUAUCAUCUGGUCACCCGACGGCUGGCGCUCCUCGAUAGCGUGCAGUUCCCCGAGGACAACGACAAGCGGCUGGGGAUCGGAGCGAAGGUCAGGUUGUUGACACUGGAAAGGCUUCGGGCAAAUGCACCCGUUGUGCACCGAUGGCAAGAGGCCCUCGCCAUCAUGGCCCAACCUUCAUACGUACCCGAGUCGCUCAAGGAGCUUGCGAAGCUUUCUGAUGAGAUCUGGUUCGUCGCCGGCGACACCAGCGUUGACAGCAGUUGGUAUACCAAGCGCGCAAGCUUGUCGGCAGUCUAUUCAGCGUCGGAGGUCUUCAUGACCCAAGACCAGUCUACGGACUACAAGGACACUGAGAGGUUUCUGGACUCGCGGCUGGAGGACUUGAGGAAGUUUGGAGGGGCUACCAGCGCGCUCUCGGAGUGGCUUGACUACACCGGGCAUUCCGUGGUGAACGUGCUGAGGAGCAAGGGCAUGCGUAUCUAG